AUGGGUAUACAACACUUUCUACUUCUUCUGAUUUAUUUGGAUCCACUGAGCGUGUUAUGUACUGCGACUGGGAAACGGGUCAGAACUGAACCUAAAAGACCUCAGAAGGUGAAGGAAAAGAAUAGCACGGUGUCACCUCCUGCGUCCACACAGAGGAUAACGCAGGUUCAGCCUCCUGCAGCGGGCAAUCAUGAAACCUGCCUGGGCUACUACGACGUGAGCGGACAGUUUGAUAAGGAGUUCGAGUGCAACAACACUGAUCACCGCUACUGCUGUGGCUCGUGUUAUUUGCGCUUUUGUUGUCAGUUCGAAGGCAACCGACUAGACCAGAGAAGGUGCAAGAAUUAUCAUAAGCCCCCCUGGGACCCUCCUGUCCCCCCAUCUCCCACUCCAACAGGUGACACUUACGAUCCAAGUAUGGAUCAAACGAACACCGCAGUCUACAUUACUUGUGGGGUAAUAGCUUUCAUCAUUGUCCUUGGGGUUUCGACAAAAGUUGCUUAUGACAAAGCAACCCAGCCUCCUCAGGAAAUGAAUAUUCACAGAGCUCUAGCAGACAUUCUGAGACAACAAGGACCCAUUCCAUUAUCUCAGUAUGACUGUGAGAACUUUGCGGCAAUGAACAGCUCACCCAAAGACAACACUCCGGUUCGAACGGGUUCCAAAAACCAUUAUACUCCAGUCCACACAUCCAAAUCAAAUCACGGUGGACACUACUCAAAGGACAGUAUUCGAGGAGGUGGAGGGGGAGGAGGACAUGACCUUCACAACUUCAUCUCCUCGGGCUUUGUGACUCUAGGACGAGGCCAUGUGAAAGGGGAAAAACAUUGGCCGGUGCGGUCGCAGAGUCACCAUGGAGCCCAUCAGCACAACUACAGCCACAUGGCCGCCUCUAGUCCCACACGAACGCCUAAAGAUGCUCACCGAUCAUUAAGACGUGAGAACACUCGAAUGAACAGUAUCCUGACAUCCCAGACGGAACCCUACGAUCUGUCCUUCUCUCGCUCUUUCCAGAGUCUCUCUCAUCUGCCCCCUUCCUACGAGUCAGCCGUCAAAGCAGACUUGAACAAAUACUCCUCUCUCAAGAGGCUAACAGAUAAGGAUGUGGAUGACUACUACAGUCGGAAGAGGCACCUUCCAGACCUGGCUGCUCGUGGCACGCUGCCCUUACACGUGAUGAAAAUGAGCCAGGAGUCGCAGGCUAGCCAACAGGCCCAGCAGCAGCAGCAACAACAACAGCAGCACCAACAACAGCAGUCUCAGCGCCAGCGUCCUCGCCGUGUCCAGAGGGCCAUGUCUCAGGACCGCGUGCUUUCCCCGGAAAGAAGCCACGCACACGACUACGCCAUGUCUGCCUACGGCAUGUCCUCUUACGGGGGACGCAUCCUCUCCGACGAGCAGCUCCUUUCAGCCGAACGCCUGCGUUCCCAAGAACGCCUCAUUUCUCAAGAUCGCCUGCACUCCCAAGACCGCCACUACUCCCAGGACCGCAUCCAUUCGCAAGACCGCCUCCUGUCCCAGGAACGCCUUCACUCCCAGGAUCGCCUUUACUCACAGGACCGUUUACAGUCCCAGGAUCCUCUGCUGUCGCCGGAGAAGAUGAUGUCGAUCAAACGCUCCGGUUUCCGCAGCGACAAAUCCAUGUCCAGAGCCAUAUCCCACACGGACGUGUUUGUCCCUACCACACCGGUCAUGGACCGCUACAAGAUGACAAAAAUGCACUCCCAUCCCAGUGCCUCAAACAACACGACUCAUAACACUUUAACCAUGAACCAGACAGCCUCCAAGCGGCAGGCCUUUGCCUCACGCCGCACCCAAACUGUGGAACAACUUCAUUACAUACCAGGACAUCAUCACCACUACCGCACAGGUAGCAAGACCGAAGUAACUGUUUAA